AGGCGCCGGUACUCGUUGUUAUCCCUCUCCGGUUUGUGUUUUUCACGGUAAACGCGGGCCUCCCGGUGCCUAUUACUGAAGCUGCCAGAUGAUCGGUGCGGAGUGGAGGUCCCGUGGGACACUGAGCACGUGGUCUCGGCUGCCACAAGACGUCAGCGGCAGAUGGCAUGGGUACCCGCUGUUGGCAUGAGUGUCAUUCCUCAAAGAGAGAGAGGGAGAGCGGAGAAAAGAGGCUGCGCGGCUCGCGGCUCUGUCUUGAAGGAAGCAGCAGUGGAGAUCUAGAGGUGACAUAGGGGCCAUGCAAGCUACACGCUGACCAGGAGAUAUGUUGACGCUGCCAUUCGAGGAACCUCGUGUGAUGUGUGAGCUCCGGUUUGGUGCCAGUUAUCCCCGUGAAAGCUUACCUGCGAGCCUGGAUCAGGAGCGACAGCGCAACUCUGACAGGUCCAACCCACACAUGAGGGACACCGAGGACGACAUCUCCGACAGGGAGGAGGACGAGAGGGAGGACGAUCAGGAUGAGAACGGGCUUCCUAAAAAGCGAGGCCCCCGGAAAAAGAAGCCCGGGAAGGAGCAGGUGGACAGGGCCAAAAUGCGGCGCCAGGAAGCCAACGCCCGGGAGCGCAGCAGGAUGCACGGCUUGAACGCUGCGCUGGAGAGUCUGCGCAAAGUUGUGCCGUGCUACUCCAAAACUCAAAAACUGUCCAAGAUCGAGACGCUGCGAUUGGCUAAAAAUUACAUCUGGGCACUGUCAGAGACCUUGAGCGCGGGGAAGAGACCGGACUUGCUUGCGUUUGUUCAGACUCUGUGCAAAGGAUUAUCCCAGCCCACGACCAACUUGGUGGCCGGCUGUUUGCAGCUGAACGCAAGAAAUUUCCUCACAGACCACAACGGAGAGGUCAUGUUCUCAGGCAGAUCCCCGUACGAAGCCGUGUACUCGUACACCGGGUCGGAUAUGAACUCUCCCCCGGGCCACAGCAGCAGCGCCCUGGACACCGGCACCAAGCCGUUCCGACACUACGGCUACGGCAGCGCCUACGAGCCCUACUUCGAGAAUCCGUCACCGGACAGCGAGAGUCCACAUUUCGACGGCCAGCUGAGCCCCCCGAUGAACUUUAACGGGAUUUUCUCCCUCAAACACGAGGAGCCGCCAGAUUACAGCAAAAGCAGCCACUACGGCAUGCGCUACUGCGCGCCAGGACGCACGGCCCUUGCGCCUAACUCAAUGUACCGAGUGUCUCCAGAGGCCCGUUUCCCCUACGAUCUCCACGUCCGCAGCCAGUCAUUUCAAGCACAAGGGGAAGUUAAUGGCUCUUUCCACAAUUAAUCAAUCAGCUGUACAAAGUUCAACAUUCUCUGCGCAGAGUGCGUGUGCAUGGACUCAGAGGCGCAGAUGCGCAGCAAAAACUCCAAAUUUACCAUGAAAAUGAAAGUAAUUUUUUAAAGAUUAAAUCAGUACUUUGGUGAUUUAUGUGUGUUGAUAAACGACAGACGGGAGCGCAUAACCGUUUUUAAUCACUAAGGACAUAAAUUAACAUUAAGAAAAUGAAAAAGGAAAAUAUAAUUCGGUGCUAUUUGUUUCUACUAAUUUCAGAUGUUAAGUGUUUCGUUUAUUAUGAUUUUCAGCAAAGUGUUUACAGUUCUGAAUGUUUUAUUGAUAUCAGCAGAGGUCGGAAACGACACGUUUUAACAUAAAAAUAACAAAAUCGGACUGUUUAAAAAAAAUCUGUAAAGCCAUUUAAAAUGUUUAUAGGGCAAACAUGACCCACUAAAUGACAACAACCGGAAAAAAACAAACAAAUGUCUCGCUUCUUCAGGAAAGUUUGCAAUAACUGUAAAUUGAGCUAUGCAAUCUAGCCAAAUGCAAUCUUUACUUAUUAGAAAAUAAACUGUCUUCUCGAGAGACAUCUCACCUAAUUUAAGAUUGAAUAAAUAGUUACUUGUUGUAAAAACUGAUAAUAAUUAGGCUGCGACAGGAGAUGAAAAACUCAUUCGAUGAGAAUGACGUCACCUGAAAGUUUGGGGUGCGUUUGGAGGCGGUGGUACGUUUCUAGUGCGAAGUGAAUGUAAACUUCAUUUAUUAUUUUUUAUUUGUUUGUGGGUUUAUUCUACGUCCGUUUGAAUGUGAACAUUAAAACAAAGUGAAAUCAGCGGUGUGGAUUUUCUUCGUGGAUUUCCACGCGGUAUUUUAUUUAUUCACUUUUUAUUUACGUGUUCGUUUAUUCAUUUAUUUAUUCAUUAAUUUAUGUUUGCAUUGCUGUAAAAUUGUCACCACAGCUGAGCAAAAUGUCCCAUGCCUUAAAAAAUGGAAGAAAGAAUCCGUCUCCAUCGAUAUGCAAAGAAACGAACGCUGUCCUGGGUUGUUUGACGUGAACUUUGCCCCCCACCCCACCCCCACCCCCCGUGGAGCAGCUGCGAUGCACUUCAUGUAUUUCUGCACAAUGUUGGUGGCUGCGCACGCAGAUGCUGUUGAGUGUGGUUAUUUCUUUUUUAAUUUUGCAACUGGAGGAUAUUGCUAAUCAUCCGACACACACAUACACUUUCUGGUCCAGUACACACACACACACACACACACACACACACACACACACACACACACACACACGCACACACGCACACGCGCACGCACGCACGCACGCACGCACGCACACACACACACACACUCAAGGCGCACCUCUGAAAACUCGUUAUGGAUCGAAAUAUUCGUGAAGUAAUGUGUCAAUGUUUUGUGAUGUGUUUUGUUGCAAUAAGACAAAUAAAUAAAAAACAAAAAAUAAAUAAAUAAAUAAUA